AUGCUGCCGCGGCUGCGCAACUCGCUGGGGUCGCGCCGUCGCCGCUCGCUGUGGCACGACGACGACAACAUGGACAGCAUCGAGCGCCUGCGCCGCGGCGAGGACCAGGCCGACGUGCUGUCGCGCCUGCUGUCGCUCGCCGCCGCCGCCACCGCCGCCUCGCUGGUCGGCGACGACCACCACGCCGCCACGCGCGACGGCACCUUCGACACCUUCCUGCAGUCGCUGCAGAACGGCAGCAUCGCCUCGGCCCUGCGCGGCACCGAGGGCGACGCCCGCGACACGCCUGGCAGCCCGCCCGCCCCGCUCAACUUCUUCCGCAUGUUCCGCUUCGGCACCGCCGGCCCCGCCAGCGAGCCCGGCGACGACCACGACGACGACGACGCCGAGGGCCGCAUGGUGCCCAUCAUCAUCGUCGGCAUCCGCUCCAUCAACCCCGCCGCCGCCGCCGGCCCCGACGACGCCAACAUCCCGCCCUUCCUCGACGCCCUGUCCAGCUUCCCCACCCCGCCCACCGCCGCCGGCGACCCCGACACCGCCCUGCGCCCGCAGAACGGCACGCGCUUCAGCCACCGCCGCCGCGCCUCCAUGGGCGGCUUCAACUUCCCCUCGCACUACGACUCGCAGCGCCACCACCGCACCCGCCCCCACGACCCGCCGCGCCCCUUCGACCCUGAGCCCGCCGACUCGCCGCCCGGCCCGCAGCCGCCGCCGUCGACGCCCGCCACCAACGCUGCGCUGUCCGCCGACCCCUCGGGCUCCACCACGCCGGCCGCGACCACCACCCCGCCGUCGUCCGCACCGCACUCCAACGCCCCGUCGCGCCGCGCCAGCUUCGUGCGCAGAUCGCCCGGGUCCGCCCUCGAGCCGACCGAAGAGGAGGAGCCCCAGACCACGGCGCGCAGCCCCCGCCAGCGCCGCCUGAGCGAGUCCGAUUUCACACGCUACGGCGCCGGCGCCCCGCGACGCCGCGGUGUCGUCGAGCCCGACAACAACCCGGGCGAGGGCUCGCGCAGCUGGAUCAUCUACGUCCUCGGCGGCAGCUACCCCGAGAACCACCCCAUCCUGACCACGCCGAGCCUGUUCACCGACUCGCCGACAUACGAGGACAUGAUGCUGCUGUCGUCCAUCCUGGGCCCCGCCAAAGCCCCCGUGGCGAGCGAGGGCGACGUGGCCGCCGCACCCGGCCUGUUCCGCAUCGUGCGCGACGACUCCGGGCUCAUGGCCGUGGAAGUCGACGGCGCCGACACCAUCCAGCUCGCCCACGACGCCCGCUGCCUGGUCUGUCUCUGCGACUUCGAGGCCGACGAAGAGGCACGCAAGCUCGUCAAGUGCGAGCACAUGUUCCACAAGAUCUGCAUCGACCAGUGGCUCACCACCGGCCGCAACUCCUGCCCGCUCUGCAGAGGCCAGGGCGUCGACGAAACGCCCACGCCCGACACCCCGCCCGCACUCGCCCCCGAGGCCCUCGCGUAG